CGGGGUGGUGGUGGGUGGAGGGGACAGCAUUAGUGAAUGGAGAACAAGUUCACAGUUUGGGUCCUGGGCCAUUAGAGGAAGGGAGGACGGAGAGUGUGUGUGUGAUCUCCUGAGCCAGGCUUGUGUGGCUGACUUGCGGAGCAGCGACUUCAUAGAGUUCAUGAAUGGGAGUCACAGAGAGACCGGCAAGUGCGGCCACCUCCAGACAUUUCCUAAAGGGGAGGGUCGUGUGCUUUUCCAGGGUAUUCUGGUAGCAGUUUGAUUCUCUUGCUUUUAUUUUAAUUUCCAUAAUUGGUAGCUUCAGAAAUGGCUUUGGAAGGCAAUUUGCUUUAAAUGUAGCCACCUAUUCCAAAAUGCCCUGGUUAUUUUAGGAACCCUACCCUUUUCCUCCGGAGCUCUCUCGCAGGAGUUCUUGUGGACGGGUCCAGGAGGAGAAGCGCUACAAAGCAGCCACUGUGCUUACUGAACGGCCUCCCCCUGUAUCGCUUAAUUGAGAAGGUGCUGACUGGUGCUUGUGAGUAUAAAUAUUCUAUUUGAACACAAUAAAUACUUUGAAAUAUCAAGGACCUAGAAGGAAGUAUUUGGAUACAAGCAAGCAAUAUUGGAUUGGUAUACAAAUGCUCUCAGUCCAGCCAGACACCAAGCCGAAAGGUUGUGCUGGCUGCAACCGAAAGAUCAAGGACCGGUAUCUUCUAAAGGCACUGGACAAAUACUGGCAUGAAGACUGCCUGAAGUGUGCCUGCUGUGACUGUCGCUUGGGAGAGGUGGGCUCCACCCUGUACACUAAAGCUAAUCUUAUCCUUUGUCGCAGAGACUAUCUGAGGCUCUUCGGUGUAACGGGAAACUGUGCGGCCUGUAGUAAGCUCAUCCCUGCCUUUGAGAUGGUGAUGCGUGCCAAGGACAAUGUUUACCACCUGGACUGCUUUGCAUGUCAGCUUUGUAAUCAGAGAUUUUGUGUUGGAGACAAAUUUUUCCUAAAGAAUAACAUGAUCCUUUGCCAGACGGACUACGAGGAAGGUUUAAUGAAAGAAGGUUAUGCACCCCAGGUUCGCUGAUCUAUCAACAUCACCCCAUUAAGAAUACAAAGCACUACAUUCUUUUAUCUUUUUUGCUCCACAUGUAUAUAAGAAUUGACACAGGAACCUACUGAAUAGCGUAGAUAUAGGAAGGCAGGAUGGUUAUAUGGAAUAAAAGGCGGACUGCAUCUGUAUGUAGUGAAAUUGCCCCAGUUCAGAGUUGAAUGUUUAUUAUUGAAGAAAAAAGUAAUGUACAUAUUGCUGGAUUUUUUUUUGCUUGCUAUUCGUUUUUGUGUCACUUGGCAUGAGAUGUUUAUUUUGGACUAUUGUAUAUAAUGUAUUGUAAUAUUUGAAGCACAAAUGUAAUACAGUUUUAUUGUGUUACCAUUUGUGUUCCGUUUGCUUCUUUGUAUUGUUGCAUUUAGUACAAUCAGUGUUUAAACUUACUGUAUAUUUAUGCUUUCUGUAUUUACCAGCUAUUUUAAAUGAGCUGUAACUUUCUAGUAAAGAGCUGAAAAGCAAAUCUCACUAAUGAUACACAGAUAGAUAAAGCAAGUCUAUCAACAUUAGAAAUACUAAAAAAUAAAGACACACACAGAGCAUUUUAGUGACAUCCACUACUUAUUGCCACUAUGAGUUAGUCUAUCGGUGUUCUUAUAACCCCCUAUUUUCAGGGGGUUAAAAAUCAGCUUUAAAAAAUACAGAAAAAUUUCAUCUUAAAGCACUUUCAUUUUAUACCAACGUGAAAAGUGCCAUUUGUAGAAUAACUUUAAAGCUUACCAGGUUUCCUUUUAAUAUCCUUUUUCUUUUUGUGCUCUUUACCUACACAAUGGCUUUGUUUUGCUUUUUCAGCCACACCCCUUAUGUGAACUAGUGCCUUUGGGUAUCAUGUAAAAUUUUUUCCAAAGGGUUACUUUAAAAAUCUCUUACCACAAUUAUGAGAUAAUUUUUAAGUAAUAAAUUAAACUGCUUGUAUAAAUUUUGCCCAGAUCUCUCCACAGGAGCUGACGGUUUAAUACCUUUAUGGCUUAAUAAAUUUAUGGCACUAAAAAGAUUUGAGUGUGAAUCUACUGAAAUCACGAUAAUGCACAUUGAAGCUAUGAUGGUAUUUGAGUAGUGAGGUUGCUUUUGAUCAGAGCAACAUAAUGCUCAUAGAAUCUUCUAGAAGAAGAGAAACAAAGGGAUUGAUUAAAAAGCUGAGAACUAGUGAUUAUAUAUUUUUCUGCAUUUACCUGACAUUAAUUUUAAUGUUCAAAAAGUAAACACUUUAAGUUUGAUGUGUUUUACUCUCUCAUUGUUUUAAGUAAUUACCAACUCAGAAUACAUCACUCUUAGGCUGAAAUUUGUCAUUCCAUUUCUUAAGGUGAAAUAGUACUACCUUACAUGAUAGCAUACAAAAAAGAAAGCUCUAGAAACAGAAAUUAUGGAGAAUGAUUCUUUAAAUUACAAUUAAGGAAAUUAGAAUAUGAUUCCGUCUUCUGGGUUGCCCAUGAACUUGCUUCUUUGCUUUUGCUCCCUGUAAUAGAACUACUUCUCAACUAAUCUAAUUCUGCACACGCACCAUGAACCGUAUUUUCACUACAGCAAACUUAGUGCUGUGGGUUUUCUCUUUGUUUUUUUCUUGAUCCCUUGUAUAGGAAACAAUAUUUUCCAGUGUUAUUUGCAUAUAUAUUUUGUCCUGCCAAUACAUGCAUUAUAGAUGAAAAUUAAAUGUUAUACUUGGAUUCUUGUUUUGGGGCCAAAAUAUUAAGCUGAAAAUAAUGCUGGUGUGCAUUUGCUUUAAGACAAAGCUUUAUUAUGAACAUGCAUGUGAAUCUGGAUACCUGUAUUGCCUCUUAUUUUUAAGAAAAUGGUUCUGUGAAAAGUGAACAAUAUGUAUUUUUACAGAUGCUUCAUGGUUAGGAGUCUUCGAGUCCCAUGUCCCCCAGGUUUGAGAUAUACUAAAGAAAGAAAUUCAAAAAUAGCUAUUUGGGGCCCACAAAAAUGACUAUUAUUUUAGCCUGAGAGCUUUACACUUGAUUCAUGAAGGGAAAGGACUUGCAUCACCAAAAUAAACAAAGCAAGACAAAUUAAAAAUGUGAGGGAGAGAAAGUGAAAAGUGAUUUUCUUAAUGUAGCCCUGCUGGUUCCCAUUAACAAUUGCUUGAAAUUCGUGUGGAUGUAAAAUUUUAAUUGUCAGUAUCUUAUUCAGAUGAUCUUUAAGGUUUAACUGGUUUUGCUUUUGUUUAUCUAUAUGUCAAAAUACUUGUAAAUUGGGAACAAACUUCUCUCAGCUUCUUGAAGCUGUUCAAAUAUCCUUGCCACUGGAAGACCAAACAAGGUUUUUGCUGCUUUUUCUUUUAUUUACUACAUUGAAAAUUAUUUCUUAUGCUUUUUACUGCCAAUGAAAUUACUCACCUGGAUUAAAGAUUAAGACCUUAAUCUAUUUAGAUUAUCUUUAAUCUCCAUGAAAUUAUGAAACAAGACAGGAAUAAUUUUUCAGCUAUAGGCCAUUUUACAGCUAAUUGCCCAUAAAUUGUAGCAUUUAUUGCCCUGAAGUACUAAGCUAAUUGUCUUGACGACUCAAAGCUCCUGAAUUGUUGUCAACUUUCCCCUUUGUGUUGUGUAGCCCUGACGUCAAUUAGCUUGUUGUCUGAUGCCUCCAGUAGGACACUUCCAAUGGAGCUUUGAUUUCUGAGCAGCGACAGCCCCCUUCCUAAGAUGCAUCUCCCAUAGGCUGCCUAUGAUGAAGGAUCGUGCACCUCCACUCCAAUAGAGUGCUAACUGAGUUUAAAAGCUGACCUGUGUUUGUAAUUUCACUUUCAUCUUGCUUAAUAAAUAUCUGCUGGAUUCUUUCAUUCACUUUUUUACAUUUGAAUUUAUGUUUUUAAUAAAAGGGGUGUUACACUAUUAUGAUUGCGCUUAAUUGGCAAAAUCUAAGAUGAUCUCUAGAAAGCAUAUGUUAAGUCAUGAAAAGAAAAAAAAAGUGUGUAACGAUGUUGACUUUCUAAAGCUAAGUCAUAAUGAGCAUAGACAAAGUACCUCAAAUGUUUCUCUGAAUAUUAUGUUUCAGAUCUCUGAGCUAGGUCAUUUACCACUAUUUAUUUUUAUGGCGAAAAUAAAACUCUCAAAAA